UAUCAUUCAACCACCCACCCAGCGGCCAACGUGAAAACAAAGAAAUUUCAAAAGCAUAAAUAAAAGAAGAAAAAUCCCAAUAAGUCAAAUAAAAAAGGAAAUCUGGGAGGUUUUUAUUGAAGGGCCAGUUGUUUGUAUUAUUAUUAUUAUUUUUUGUAUACGUUAUCAAACAAACUCAUUGAACUCUUAGCCCUCUCAACUUCCCUUUUUUUAUAUUCUUCUUUUUGUUCUUUGCUUUUCUCGCUCAAAUCUCAAAAGGGUCUUUUCUUUAUUUCCCUCCAAGUUUCUUAAAUCUAUUCUUCUUUGGAUUCUCACUGUUGGGUUUCUUUCUUUGAUCGUUACAGUAUAGAAUUUGAAUGCUGUUUAUGCAUUCAAAUUCCGGAGCUAUCAAUUUCUGAGUUUGAUGGGUUCAAGAACUUUGUCAAUAGGUGCAUCUCUAGAUUCUCCUGAUGGUCAUUUUGAAAGGAAUCACACCGAAAACAGCAGUAUGGUUUCCCUUAAGUUUCAUGAGCCAAAUGGGGUGCUAGAUCAGGGCCAUCAAGCCUCUAGUCCAGUAAGAAGAGAUGUUAACAGGUCAUUAUCUGGAGUAAAGUUUCUUGAAAAUGAUGAUUUGGAUUUGGAGGACGGUAAGUUGGAAAAGGACAGGAAUAAAACAGUACGUAGUAACAAGGCCGUUAAAAUACAAAAUCAGGCAUUAUUAUCUGGCCUUGCAUAUUGCUUAUCCUCCUGCAGUAUGAUACUGGUAAACAAGUUUGUUCUCUCUGGCUAUGAUUUCAAUGCUGGGAUAUCCUUGAUGCUGUACCAGAACUUUAUAUCCGUUGUUAUUGUGUCUAUACUGAGUUCUAUGGGCCUAAUAUCGAGAGAGCCGCUAACAUGGAGGUUGAUUAAAGUCUGGUUACCUGUAAAUGUCAUAUUUGUUGGAAUGCUUCUUACAAGCAUGUUCAGUUUGAAAUAUAUUAAUGUAGCCAUGGUCACAGUCUUGAAGAAUGUUACUAAUGUAAUUACCGCAGUCGGUGAAAUGUAUUUGUUCAAGAAGCAUCAUGAUAGCAGAGUGUGGGCUGCUUUGUUCUUAAUGAUUGUUUCAGCAGUUUCUGGAGGGAUAACAGACCUGUCAUUUCAUGCCAUUGGAUAUUCAUGGCAGAUUGUAAACUGCUUCUUAACUGCAUCAUAUUCUUUGACUUUGCGUAGGGUCAUGGAUACUGCAAAGCAGGUCACUAAAUCUGGAAACCUAAAUGAAUUUUCAAUGGUCUUGCUGAAUAACACACUUUCCUUGCCGUUGGGGAUUCUUCUUAUUUUUGUUUUCAACGAGGUUGAUUAUCUCUACACAACACCGCUUCUAAGAAGGCCUGACUUUUGGUUGGUAAUGACAUUAAGUGGAUUUUUGGGUCUGGCGAUCAGUUUCACUUCAAUGUGGUUUCUUCAUCAAACAGGUGCUACCACAUACAGCCUUGUGGGAUCAUUGAAUAAAAUCCCUCUCUCUGUUGCCGGGAUUGUUCUUUUCAAAGUCCCUACUAGUUUGGAGAACUCUGCCAGCAUUUUCUUUGGUCUUUUGGCCGGAGUUUUUUUCGCGAGGGCCAAAAUGCGGGAGAAAACUCAAUCUUAAAAGACAGUUAUAGUCAAUUUUAAAACUAGUGGCCAGCGUUUACCCCUUAAUAGGCCUACAGAACGUGAAUGAUUAGUCAUUGGGCUUUCUUCCGUGGAUACCUUGGAAACCAAAAAACAAAAAGAGUUAUAAUAGCCAGUAUAUUUAUACAGUGGAUGCAUCCCUCUUGAGUGAAGGUUUGCAUAGUGUGUAACAUGCACCCUGUCAACUUUUGAGUUUUGAGCAUUGUGGGAGUGGUGGAAAAUUGGUUCCCAAUGUAAGUGUAGUUUUUUUAAUUUGGGGGGGGGGGGGUGUUUAACUUUGAGUUUUUAGCAUCUGUUUUUGAUGCUAAACCAAAGUUUGUUGUAUCUUUAUCGGGGACCUUAUUGUUUUUCUUAUCCUUUGUAUUUUUACUAAUUCUUGAAUGUAAUCAAUGCAUCCUUUAGUCAAACUUCAAUUUAAAUGAAAGAAAAAAAAAAGGGUUCACUCA